UCAAGGCCAAACCACUCCCCAGAAAAAAAUAAUUAAUUAUGAAAUAACUUCUUCUGCUCAAGUCGGAUCAGAAGGCCAACUUGUGCCUAAUUUGUAGUUGGUCUGAUCUGAAGUUCAGGUUCUAAAUCCUAGAAUACUCAAUUUUAAAUUAAAACUAUAAUUAAAGAUAUAGAAAAAUUAGAGAAUUGGAAAAUACUUUUUUGUGUAGAAAGUAGAGGAAAAUAUAUUGUCAAGCUGUCCACUGCCUAGACAAGAUAAUGAGAAGAUGCAACAAAUAGAGGGGGAAAGAAGAUGAUGUUGCUGCCGUCGGAUUGCUGUAGAAUAGAAGAGAUAAACAAGCUGAUGCGAUGGGCAACAUGUGUAUUGGAUCCGCCACUGAUCUGAACCAGUAUCAAUUAAUAGAUGCCUGGAAAGCCCAUAAAGCCUCCUCUUCAUCCUCACCAUCUUCCUCGUCAAAACGUUGGAAGUACCAAGUGUUCUUGAGCUUCAGAGGUGAAGACACACGCAAGGGCUUCACAGGCCACCUCCACGCCGCAUUAUCUGAUGCCGGAAUCCGCUCCUUUCUUGACGACGACGAGCUAAAAAGAGCGGAAUUUAUAAAAACCCAACUGGAGCAGGCAAUCGACGGGUCCAUGAUCUCCAUAAUUGUCUUCUCCAAGAGUUAUGCCGAUUCCAGUUGGUGUCUUGACGAGCUGGUGAAGAUCAUGGAGUGUAGAGAAAGAUUGGGGCAACAGGUUAUUCCAUUGUUCUAUAAUGUUGAUGCUUCAGAUGUCCGGAAACAAACUGGUAGGUUUGCGCAGGCAUUUGAGAAACAUGAAACGGGCAUCUGUGAAGGUAAACAUGAGAAAGAAAAGGUACAGCGGUGGAGAAAUGCUCUCACUCAAGCUGCAAAUUUGUGUGGGGAAGAUCUUAAUGCUGACAAUGGGCAUGAAGCAAAGUUUAUCAAGAAAAUUCUUGGGGAGGUUAAUAAGCAGUUGUACAGCAAAUACCAAUUAGACAUCGAACACCUUGUUGGAAUUACUUCUCGGCUGAACGAUGUUGUUCGCAUGAUUGAUAUUGAAAAUUCAGGUUCUAAGGAUGUUGUUCGCAUGAUUGGUAUUUGGGGGAUGGGCGGCAUUGGGAAAACAACGCUUGCCAAAGCCAUUUAUAACAAAUUUGAAGGUAGCUUUGAAGGUAGGAGUUUCCUUGCAAACGUGAGGGAAGUAAUUGCAAACCAACCCAUUACUGGUCUGGUUGGGUUGCAAGAAAAACUUCUAAAUGAUAUCUUGAAAAGCAAGGAUCCCAUAAAGGUUGAUUCUGUUGAUGUAGGGAUCACUGUGAUACAAGAAAGACUUCACUGUAAAAGAGCACUGGUCAUAAUUGACGAUGUAGAUGAAGUACAGAAGCUAAAAGCAAUAGCUAGAAAACGUGAUUGGUUUGGUCCUGGAAGUAGAAUUAUUAUAACAACAAGAGAUAAACAUUUGCUAGAGCAAAUUGGAGUGGAUGGCACAUAUAUGGUUGAAGAAAUGGAUGAAAAAGAAGCUCUAGAGCUCUUUGGUUGGCAUGCCUUUGAAAGUGGUUACCCUAAUCAAGAAUAUCUUGACCUCUCAAAACGUGUAAUUCGUUACUGUCGAGGCUUGCCACUAGCACUUGAAGUUGUAGGGUCUUUUCUGAUUAAAAGAUCCACAGUGGAGUGGGAAAAUCAUUUGGAGAAAUUGGAAAGAAGUUCUGAUGGAGAUAUUCAAAAAAUACUCAGAAUAAGCUUUGACGGGCUACCUGAUGAUACAAUGAGAAAGAUAUUCCUUGAUAUAUCUUGUUUCUUUAUUGGAAAGGAUAAGGACUAUGUAACAAAAAUAUUAGAUGGAUGUGGCUUUUUUGCAACGAUAGGAGUCAGUGUCCUCAUUGAACGGUGCCUUGUAAUUGCCAGUGAGCAAAACAAGCUGAUGAUGCAUGAUUUGCUUCGAGACAUGGGAAGAGAGAUCGUUCGUGAAAAAUCCACCGGUCGUCCUGAAAAUUUUAGUAGAUUGUGGAAACGUGAAGACCUAACGGAUGUAUUGAGUGAUGAAUCUGGAACUGAAGAAAUUGAAGGAGUUGCUCUAGAUUUGCAACGAAAUUUUCGUUGGAACAGAUUCAGUGCACAAGCAUUUACCAACAUGAAAAAACUGAGGUUACUCCACCUCAGCGGAGUAGAGCUCACUGGAGAGUACAAAGAUUUUCCCAAAAAGUUAAUAUGGUUGUCCUGGCAUGGAUUCCCUUUAAGGUCGAUACCAGAUGACUUUCCUAUGCAACCAAAACUUGUUGCUUUAGACCUGCAGUAUAGCGAACUCGAAAUAGUUUGGAAGGAUUGCGAGUUGCAUCAGAAUUUGAAAGUCCUUAAUCUCAGUCAUUCCUAUCAGCUAACAAAAUCACCAGACUUUUCAAAACUCCCAAAUCUCGAGGAAUUGAUAUUGCAAUCCUGUUGGCGUUUGUCUGAGGUUCACUCAUCCAUCGGGAAUCUAGGAAGACUUUCUUUGGUAAAUCUUGAAGGCUGCGAAAUGCUAAGGGAUCUCCCACUGAAUUUCUAUAAAUCCAAGUCUAUUGAAACUCUUAUACUUGAUGGUUGUUGGAGAUUUGAAAACUUGGCUGAUGGCUUAGGGGACAUGGUAUCAUUGAAGAAACUGAAAGUUUUAUCUUUACGUUAUGUGAAAAGAUCGCCAUCAACAAAUCUUUUGCCUCCAUUGCAAAGAUUAAGCUUUUUAAGAGAAUUAGCUCUUGCAGAUUGCAGUUUAACUGAUGAUGCAUUCCCCAAGGAUCUCGGUAGCCUAAUUUCCUUAGAAAAUUUAAAUCUUGCAAGCAAUGACUUUUUCAGCCUACCAAGCCUCAGUCGUCUUUCACGGCUUCAAGAUUUGUCUUUAGAUAAUUGCAAAUAUCUUCGUGCAAUCCCAGAUUUACCAACAAAUUUGAAAGUCUUACAAGCACAUGGCUGCUUUUCAUUGAAAAAAAUGCCAGAUUUUUCAGAAAUGUCAAAUAUAAGAGAAUUGUAUCUACGUAAUUCGGGCAAAAUCGCUGAGAUUCUAGGCUUGGAUAAGUCAUUAAACUCCAUGACAAGGAUUCAUAUGGAAGGCUGCACCAAUCUGACUGCCGAUUUUAGGAACAACAUCCUACAGAGAUGGACUUCUUGCGGAUUUGGUGGAAUUUUUCUCGGAGGAAAUGACAUUCCUGAUUGGUUCCACUGUGUCAAUGACGAUGAUAAUGUGUAUUUCACUGUGCCUCAAAGUGUUGGUCGUAAUUUGAAAGGGUUAACUUUGUCCUUCGGUUUCUCUUCCUCUUCAUAUUGGGUCCCUUGUCGUUUUCGCAUUAGCAUUAAAAACGUCACCGGGGGUACUGAGCUUGAUGCCAGGAUCAUACCCGACUAUGACAAUAAUAAAGGUACUGGUUAUUAUCUUUGGCAGGGACAGUUAUCAAAUGACGAGCUCAAAUUGCAAGACGGUGAUAAAGUCUGGAUUGAAAUAAUAGUGGACAAAUGGGUGAAGGUGAAGAAAAUAGGUGUUAGUCUGGUAUGGGACAAAUUUAUGAACGAAAAUAUGAUUGAUUACCAUCUUUGUGCGUAUGAACGACGCCCAUCUCAAAAUCUGGUCAAUGAUGAUGACAUCAUUCAUGUCGAAUGCGAUAAUCACAUAACAAAAUCUGGUGACUUUUCAAAAUUCCCUAAUCUCGAAAAGUUGAUAUUGAAAAGUUGUGUCAACUUGUCCAAGGUUCCAUCGGGCAUCUUGGAAGACUUUCUUUGGUAAAUCUUGAAGGCUGCACCUGUCUAGGGGAUCUCCCACUGAAUUUCUAUAA